UGCACAUCCACAUUACCGCCACUGAAUAUUAAAGAGGGACAUCAAUAGCAAAAAAGAAGCGGAAGCGAGAAGACUAUUCACUGAAAUUUAAAAAAAAAAAAAAAAAAAGGCUCUUGAUCUGCUGAGGUUUUCUGAAUUGGACAAAGAUGGUUACUUUUCAUUAUUUACUAACACUUUUGGUUACCAUUCAACUCAGCUUAUAUGGCUCUAACUCCCUUGUAUUAGGCUUAAAGAAUAUCUGUACAAUGUGUAAUGGGCCCUCAGGGGAACCCAAGGGCCACAGAGGUGAACGUUUAUCAGGGGAGGAGAUCACAUCCGUGUUGGCAUUAGGUGAACCCUGUGGGGUUUACACUCUACCAUGUACUCAGGGUCUUCGGUGUAUCCCUCCUUUUGGAGAGCAAAGUCCCCUUCAGGCACUGCUUCAGGGACGAGGGGUCUGCAAAAACAUCAAAAGUACCUUUACUGACAUCCAUCCACCUACAGACUAUCAUCCAUCAACCAAUGAAAACAAUUUUGAAAAGGGUCCUUGUCGCAAACUGCUAAACACAGUCCUCCAAAGUAUAGAGCUCACAAUUAUUCAUUCAAUUCCGGACAUCUACAUUCCCAACUGUGACAGACAAGGGUUCUUCCGGAGAAAACAGUGUCGGUCAUCAAGAGGAAUGCAAAGAGGCCAUUGCUGGUGUGUUGAUGAGAAAGGAUCAAAAAUUUCAUCACGUAAAAGGAGUGAUGGAACUAUCUCAUGUAACAGUGCCUGAGAAUUGUGAUGCAACUUGAUAUCUGAUGUAAAUAUGGACUUGAAAUUUGUUUAGUAGGGACUGAGAGAGUCAGCAAAAGAGAUGACAGACACUAAGAACUCGAUGACCACAAAG